AUGCUCAACGACACCUGGACGCUGUACAUCCUCCUCCGCGCAAUUAUCCUCGUCCUCCAAUGGCUAGGACCAGCAUGUCUUGGGUAUACCGUCUGGACGAUCAGCCAAGCAUGGCCUGAGGUCCCCACGAUAACUGGCUUUCGGAUAUGGUGCACAGCAGAAGCCGCCUUCUUCGUGUUCUUCCUAUGGUUCCGCGUUUACCUCCAGCGCGAAGCGAUUCAUCCUCCCUUGCGGUCGAAGAAGGAGAGGAAGGCUCUAUUCGCGCAGGUGCGUCGGGAGGUCCAUGACCCGGACAAGUUCAUGAGUGGGUGGUUCCGGGGAGCGAAGCCCGAGAACAUUGGACGGGAUGAUCUGAAGGACUUCUUGAACUGGGCGUUCUGGGAUGGCAGGGCGGACAUGUCCCCAGGCGGCGCGGACGAGAAGGAGCUGGAGUACUACAUGAGCAGGGUUGAGACGAUGAUGCGUAGACCGUUCAAACCUGGUCGCGGCUCGCAGCCUCUUUGCUUGACCAUGGAUCCCAUUGAGAUGGAGUGUAGGACUUUGUUCUGGUAUAGCUUGCUGUCUCUCCUCGAUUUCAUUUGCCAUUGUCUGCUACGGACCCACGGCUUCCAGUACUUCAAGACGAUGUCUUCAAGCCUGCAAGUUUGGCCGCCUAGGCCUGCCACCUGGAUGGAGCCGGCUCGAUCACCAGCACAAAACAUCUCAUACUGGGUCCGGCCGCAUACUUCUACCAAGCGACUACCCAUACUGUACAUUCACGGGAUCGGCGUUGGCUUGAUUCCCAACGUGGGCUUUCUCCACGAACUCGACACAGCGCUCAAUGGUGACAAUCCGGACGAUGGCGAGGUCGGCGUUCUCGCGAUCGAGAUACUGCAAGUAUCCUCGCGCAUCACGACGCCAAUGCUGAGGCGCGAGGAGUUCCUGCGUCAGCUCACAGAGAUUCUGGACUACAAUGGCUAUGACCGCUUUGUCAUGGCCUCCCACUCUUACGGCUCAGUCCUGGCUACACAUAUCUUUAGGCAUAAGCCACUUGCUUCUCGCGUGUCCUCAGCACUCUUCAUCGACCCUGUUACGGUCCUGCUCCAUAUGCCGGAUGUUGCUUAUAACUUCACUGUUCGUCCCCCUCGCCACACGAACGAAUGGCAGCUGUGGUAUUUUGGUUCCAAGGACCCCGGUGUGGCAACAACUCUAGGACGCCACUUCUUCUGGCACGAGAACUUGCUAUGGCGAGAUCGCAUCAUGGAGCUCGUAGACAGUGGCACACGCAUCACGGCGAGUCUUGCUAGCAAGGAUUUGAUCGUCGACACGGAGAGUGUUGGGACGUAUCUCUCAGAGGAUCAGCUACCUGAUCCGGUACUGAAGGAAGAUGGCGAUCGCAAACAAAUGGAGCUGGAGAUGCCAAAUGGGACUUCGACGCAUUGGAAGCAAAGGCCAUGGCGGGGGGCAGGGCUGGAUGUGCUGUGGUGGGAAGGGUUAGAUCAUGCUCAAGUGUUCGAUAAGGAGAGCACCAGGUCGAAGCUGGUGGAGGUCUUGGUCGAGUAUAGCAAGGGUGCAUGA